CGCUGCAGCCGCCGCUCUCGGGCUGCGGCUCAUCCCGGGUCGCGUUCGCCGUGUCGGCCGCGGCGUGAAGGGGCGCUCUCAGUGGGACUACGCGACCGGCCGCGGCGCGAGGAGCCCUUCUUUUUGCCUCCCUGCGGCCCGCGGGGUGGACGGUGCGGGGGACGGAGUGUGGCCGGCGCUCUCCUCUCCCGGCUCCCGGGCGGUCGCUCCGGCCCUUCCGGGCGGCGGCGCCGCAGCCUCAUCCCGCGCCACACGCAGAUGUGGGAAGACAAAUGAAGGGAUUUAGAAGCCAAAUAAAUGUCAUUGGGAAGGAGAGCUGCCAUCACUGAGUGCUGAACACAAGUAAACUCAUUUUCAGAGUUAAAAAUUAUUUAAAAAAACAAGAUGGGGACUCCUGGUUCUGGAAGGAAAAGAACGCCGGUAAAAGAUCGAUUUUCUGCAGAAGAUGAAGCUUUGAGUAACAUCGCCAGAGAGGCAGAAGCAAGGCUAGCAGCAAAGCGGGCUGCCAGGGCGGAAGCAAGAGACAUCCGCAUGAGGGAACUGGAGCGACAGCAGCGAGAGCCUUCUCAUCAUCAUUCCUUUGACCGGAAAUGGGGAGAGAUUCACAAGUGGCUGGAAGAUUCAGAAAGGGCCAGGUAUUCUCACCGGUCUGGUCACCGCCGUCCUUACCUGGGAGUUGAGGAUACAUUGUCUCUUCGGAGCCUUGGCAGUCACAGGAGUCCAUCGAAGGAUAUUACUGGAACACACUGGAGCAGAGCCAGUACGCCCAAGGGGAGAGACACAAUGUACGGUACCAUCAAGGACAGAUCAUCAAGGGUUUCGUCAUUAAAUCAUUCUUACAGUCACACCCAUGGGACGAAGAAGCGAUCCUCUAGUUCUCAUAAAGAUCCACUGAGUGGCCUCUACUUUGACCAGAGAAACUAUAGCAGUCUUAGACAUAGCAAACCUGCCUCGACCUACUAUUUCCGGUCUUCUUCCCUGUGCAGUGAGCCGAUGGGGACACCCAAGAAUCAGAGCAGGGCCUCUCCUACUGUAACGUCUGGUCUGCUGAGGAGUACCAGUCUGGCAUCUCUGUAUGAUGGUGGAUUAUAUAACCCUUAUGGUUCUCGAACUCCGUCUGAAUACAGUUACUACUCAUCCAGAGCAAGUUCCUCCAGAAGCAGUCCUGUGCCCAUCGAUGAUGAUACUGCAAGCAUUGUGUCUUCUGAUCGUGCCAGUCGUGGGCGAAGGGAGAGUGUGGUUUCUGCUGCCGAUUACUUUAGUCGCUCCAAUCGUAGGGGAAGCAUUGUCUCUGAGGUGGAUGAUGUCGGCAUCUCAGACUUGACCAGCUUGGAUGAAAAAUCUGACAAGCAGUAUGCUGAAAAUUACACAAGACCUUCAUCUCGAAAUUCUGCCUCGGCUACAACGCCUCUAAGUGGGAACUCAUCCAGACGGGGUAGUGGGGACACCAGCAGCUUAAUAGACCCAGACACCUCGUUAAGUGAACUGCGGGACAUCUAUGACCUGAAGGACCAGAUUCAUGAUGUAGAAGGGCGGUACAUGCAGGGGCUUAAGGAACUGAAGGAGUCUUUGUCUGAAGUAGAAGAGAAAUACAAGAAAGCCAUGGUGUCCAAUGCACAACUAGACAAUGAGAAGAACAAUCUGAUCUACCAGGUGGACACCCUCAAGGACGUCAUUGAAGAGCAGGAGGAACAGAUGGCAGAGUUUUAUAGAGAAAACGAAGAGAAAUCAAAGGAGUUAGAAAGGCAGAAACACAUGUGCAGUGUGCUGCAGCAUAAGAUGGAUGAACUCAAAGAAGGCCUUCGGCAGAGGGACGAGCUCAUCGAGGAGAAUCAGCGCCUCCAGCAGAAAGUAGACACCAUGACAAAAGAGGUGUUUGACCUCCAAGAGACCCUGCUCUGGAAAGAUAAAACAAUUGGGGCCCUAGAGAAACAGAAAGAACACAUUGCCUGCCUCAGGAAUGAGCGAGAUGUGCUCAGAGAGGAGCUGGCUGACCUGCGGCAGACAGUGACCACAGCAGAGAAACAUGGCUUAGUUAUAAUCCCAGACAGCACUCCCAAUGGUGAUGUCCAUCAUGAGCCUGUGGUUGGAGCCAUUACUGCUGUGUCUCAGGAAGCUGCUCAGGUCUUGGAGUCAGCAGGAGAAGGGCCACUAGAUGUGAGGCUACGAAAACUUGCUGGAGAAAAGGAUGAGCUCCUGUCACAGAUUAGAAAACUGAAGCUCCAGUUAGAGGAAGAACGGCAGAAGUGUUCCAGGAAUGAUGGCAUGUCCGGGGACCUGGCAGGACUGCAGAAUGGCUCAGACUUGCAGUUCAUCGAGAUGCAGAGAGAUGCCAAUAGACAAAUUAGUGAAUACAAAUUCAAGCUUUCGAAAGCAGAACAAGACAUAGCUACCUUGGAACAAAGUAUCAGCCGGCUUGAGGGGCAGGUGCUGAGGUACAAAACUGCUGCUGAGAAUGCAGAGAAAAUUGAAGAUGAGCUGAAAGCAGAGAGGAGGAAGCUACAGCGAGAGCUACGGACGGCACAGGACAAGAUAGAGGAGAUGGAGAUGACCAACAGCCACCUGGCUAAGCGGCUAGAGAAGAUGAAGGCCAACAGGACAGCCCUUCUAGCCCAGCAGUAGGAGGUGGCCCUUCUACCUGUGUGCUGCUCUGAGGGCCUUGCCGGGAGAUACUGACUCUUUUGUACAUUGACACAAACCCCUUCAAGUACUGUUUUGAGUCUUGUCAUUAAACAGCCACCUUUGUAUUUUAUAAUUUAUGAGAAUGAAGCAGGUUUAAUCGUUA